GAGGAGGAGGGAAGGAGGGAAGGGGGAGGGAAGGAAGGAGGUGUCUUUCGACUCAGAGACAAAAAAAAGAAGCGAAUCGACGAUUAACAAUUUCCUGAAGGGAGGUGCUGCUUAUCACUCCCAACAUCUCCUCAGCUCACCGGAGGACAGGAGAGACACUCUGGAGCUGCUGCGCACACAAUGGACUAAACCUCCCAGAGAGACAUCAACACUAUCAGCUGUGAAAAACCUCCUUUGAGUCUCUUUUUUUUUUUUUUUUUUUUUUACUUUUGAAGACUUUGGGCUUUCAGCUCUCAUCAGAUCACCAGGCAUGAUUCAGAGGAAGGAGGUGGUGUUGUCUGUUCUUGGGGAGCUCCAGGAGGCCACGGAGAGCUCCGGCCUCGCCGCCUUGACCAGAGUGGCCCUGGAGGUGGACCGGGUCCUCGCUCCCUUCCGGCUCCCGGAGAUCCCCUGUCGCGAUUUCCCCGAGUGGCCGGACGUGGAUGACACGGCUCGUGGACUGUACCCACCCGAUGCACCCUUGGGCCUCCUGCCUCUGAACUGCGAGGGAGAGGGCAACCUGCUGUUUGACGCAGUUAGCAUGCUGUUAGUGGGCAACACCGGAUUUAGCUUGGAGCUACAGGUACGGACCGUAGUGGAAAUGGUGCUGUGGAAGAGAUACUACCUGUCUGGGAUGAUCGACUCAAAAAUGAUGCUUCAGGCUGUUCGCUUCAGCCUCUGUGCCGAAGAGUCCGAAGACAUGAUAAACCUACCAGCAACCGUCUUGGAGGCCAUCUUCGACGCAGACGUCAAAGCGUCCUGCUUCCCCGGCUCCUACGCCAACAUGUGGCACCUGUACGCGCUGUCAUCGGUCUUGCAGUUCAACAUCUACUCCAUCUACCCCAUGUUCAACCUCAAGAUCCGGCCCUAUUUCAACCGCAUCAUACGUUCGCGGACCUGGCCCAAAACCUGCGAGAAUCUAACCCUCCACGUCAUGUGGUCCGGCGAGCUGCAGUCCGGGUCGUUGUUCAGGCCGAACCACUUUGUGGCACUAGUCCGAACAAGUGACCUCACGUCCGGGAGCCCAGAGAGUGAGCGGAGGGCGUUGCCGACCGAGCGCGAGGAGCUGCUGAACCGGGAGUCGCAGCUUUCCUACCCGGGUCUGAAGGACAAGUACAACAUCACCAAGAGGACCUUCUACCGCUGGAAGAGGCAGACGCAGGAGCAUUGCAAAAAGUCAGCUGCCAGGUACGAGGCAAAGUAUUUCCUGCAAGCCUGCUACUUGGAAGGUAAGCUCAUCCCUCUGCACCAGUUCAAAGAGUUCUUCCCUGAGAUCUCAAGGUCGUCGUACUACAACUGGAAGCACGAGCUCCUGAAAUCCGGAGGACACUUCUCUACCUCGUCGUCGACAGGAGAGAUAAGUCCUGGGGAGAGCACAGAGCAGGAGGUUUGGUCUUCGCCUGAGGCGAAGCAGGACGAGCCGGACAACCAUGACAGCGUGGCCGGUAUGUUCGGCCUCGGCCUCGGCAAGCUGGAUAUGGAGCGGGCCCAGAAUUUAGCUCACAUGCAGGAAGCCAAACGCUGUCUGCAAAGCUGCAUCGCCACAAACACCUCCUUCCCCUUCAGGAUCUUCAAGAGAAACUUCCCGGGGAUUUCCAGAUCAACAUACUACAACUGGAGGAGAGAAGCCAUGCUGUUCGACAGAGGUUACAAAGGCAGCGUCGGCAGCAGCGAAGACAGCUCGGAUGCAGACAAAAGUCCGAAGAGUCUGUCGCCAGUCCUGCCGAACGCCAACCAGCCUUUUGCGCCCAGAGCGAGAAUCUGCAGGCGAAAACACAAAAGCUUCAUGCUGGCAUACAUAAGUAAAAAACAGCUCCGAGACGCUGCAAAGCUGCUUGUCCAAAAGUCCAAAUGGUCCCUGACGAAGUUCAAGCUCAAGUUCCCGUCCAUGUCCUCUUGUUUCUACUGGCUGUGGCACAGCGGUCAGAAGCGCAAGAAGAAGAUCGUCGCACCGAGCGCAGUGAUCAACCUCCCCGAGAAUCUGCAGAACACCACCACAGAAAACAAGAUCAUGGAGAGGGGGGUGGAGAGUCAGCACGUGCUCCCUUUUGUCCAGAGUCCUAAAUAUGUAGAAAUGCCCUCCUUUGACCCCCCAAUUUCACACAGCACAGCAAAGCUGCCCCUUCAUGUCAAGGCACCCACAGAUGAGCAGAUGUUUACGAUGGAUGUUGUGGCUCUGGCCAACUUCAAGGCCAAGGCCAAGCUAUUCCUGCAGCAACGCUUCGAGGAGAAAUCCUUCCCCACUUUCAAAGAGUUCAGGUCCUACUUCCCCUUCACCCCACGCUCCACGUACUACAUGUGGAAGCGAGCUUUGCAUCACGGGGUGUCACUGGUUCAGGGAUAAAUGCACAAUGCUUUUAUCUAGUAAAAAAAGGGCUUUCAGGAGCUACACGAAAGCUCAGUUGAAGAACUUCUCAGCUACAGAAACCAGGUUACUGUAAACAUACUACCUAUACACGUUGUUGACUUCGUGUUUUCAUGUUUUAAGAGAUUAAGUACUCUGGUUUAGCAUCUAAAUGCUCCUUCCUCUGCCCCACCACCACCACCACAGCAGCUCAUUCCUCCCUCCUGGACAUUUGCACGUGUGUGAAAAGAAUCUGAGUCGUGGGUCAGUUUAAGCCCUGCAUGUUCCCUCCAGGCAAAAGGCAGUUCAAAGCUGUUGUUUCAUGCAUUUUGUUUGAAGUCGCUUCUCCUCCAUUUUCCUUUUAAUCCUUGCUAAGCAUUGUACUCAGGGUCCUUUAUUUUAAACCGUAGUAAGAUUGUUAAUGUUUAAAUGUAUGAUUUUUUUUUUUUUUUUUUGUCAAUGCUCGUGAUAUUGAUCUGUGAGAUUCCUGGUGAUUUUAUGUUUUUUUUUUUGUUUUUUUUUUAAUUCUUUGAAUGUAAAGACAAGCCAGUAUUUGAGUUUACUCCUCCUUGUUCAAACAUCCUCUGCAAACAGGGUUCCAUUCCAUUUUUUAUAUUUCUACCUUUGAUUAUUAAAUGUUCAAACAUUUCAUACACCAACUUUUUUGGUGGUUGUCUUAGUGUUAUGCCUAUUUUUUACUUCUGGUGAUGAACAUUAUAUAUAAACUGUGAGUUAAGUCACACUCCCACUGUAUUUGCACUGAUAUGGUUCCCAUGACGCUGUUGAAUGUAUUGCCUUAAUCACCCUUUGGUUAAGUUUUCCAACAAUUUUAUUUUUGUUUACAUGGUUUAUUUACUUGAAAACUGAAUAUAAAUGAAGAUAUUUUAUUUUCCUUCAUUCCAAAACUGCCUAUUUUGCCUUAAUAAGCUACAUUUGCCUGCUGUUUUUCAGUAAGAUUGAAGACAAACGAGUUUCAUAACAACCCUGAAUAAUAGAUUCCAGUUUACGUUUGUACAUAUUUAUUUUUUCUUAUUCAUUACGUGUCUAAAAUUGGUACUGUUGAUACUGGCAGCCUGCUUUAUAGUCAGUCAGGAGGUUGUAUAUCAAUAAACCAUUGAAAAGU